ACGCGGUAUAAUUACGCGGUAUACCCAGCGAGGAAUGGCCUCACGUGUGGCCCGUUGUCAUCGACCGAAUUAGGUCCGCUUCCGGCCUCUCUCGGUUUGGCUCGCGAGUCCGAAGGCGAAUUAUACGAGCCGUUUAUCGCCAUGUCGCCUCUUAGGGCUGACAUCUACCCGAGCUUAUUGGCAACCUCGCCUCUGCAAACGCUGCAUACAUAGUCCCCAGCUGGGCCGAGUCAUGCUGGCGACGCGCCGGCAUCGUCUGCUGUCCGUGCUCUGCUCUCUGUUCUAGCCUGCGCCAUACCUAGAGCGAUUCCGACAGUUUUAUCGCGAGACCUACGGGCUUUACGGGAAGUCCUCGGUCCGAUUUAUCUAGUGCUCAGCUCCUUGUGUCCCCUUCGCGUCUCUUUCCUUCUUGCGUCUUCUAUCUAGGCGGAAUCCACAUUCAUCGCCAUCGCCAUCAAUUCCCCACCUCUCUCUCCUCUAGCACUAACAAACGUAUACACGCCUACUUGUUACCUAUAAGCUCCAAGCUCCAUCCAUUCAUUCCACAAUCGUCACUGCGAAUGCCCUUCUCUACCCUCGCCAGCUCCCGCGCCGCCGCGGCCGCGACGGUGGCAACAACCACGGUAACGACGACUGCUACGCCGUCCACUCUCGCCUCCAUUGCCGUCGCCGCCGCUGUCGUCCUCCCAGCCGCGUACCUCGCAUACCUGCAACGCUCCGUCGCGCGCCGCACUGUCGCCGCCGGGUGUCGGCUCGCGCCGCCCGAGGCGCUAACCGAGCUCGUGGGAUCCUGCGUGGCCCCUUCUCACCCUCCGGCUCCGAACGCGAAGGGCGCCGCGGAGCGCGACGCCAACGACGACGGUGGUAACUACGAGGAUACGGGAGGCGCGGACACGAGCGGUCCUGGCGCGCUCACCCGGGGCCUGAUCCCGCCGACCGUCCUCAUCGCGCCGUCGCAUUACGUCGUCACGCGCGAGCGCGUCACGUCGCGACCGGUAGGGACCGGGGCGCUACGUGCGGAAUUUGGCUUCGCAGCCCGGCCGGCCCACCGUCGCGCACGAUCCCCUGGCGACGAAGGCGAAGGCGGGGUGCGAAGGCCUGGGGGACAAGACGACGACGACGACAACGACGACGAUGAAGAGGCAGACGAGCGGCUCCUCCGCAGCUACCUCAGCGCGACGAUGUGCGCUUUUGCACGCACGCCCCAGGCCCGCGUCAUGCGGCGCAUGGGGAUGUCAUCGCUGCUGCAGAAGGAGGAUAACGAAGAGGGAGAGAAAGAUGCGGGCGACGAGAACAAUAAUAACAGGAGCGAAGGUGAGGAAGGAGAAUAUAGAGAGCGGGAAGUUACGGCUAAGGCGCGGGAACGAGAGGGUCAGAUGUUCGCGCGCAGCUUCGAGGACGCGUACCUGAGCGCGUGCGAAUUCGCGGUCGGGGACCGCGUGUGCGGCGUGUACGUGGUCUCGGCGCGGCGACGGGAGCGGUGCCGUCUCAAGGAGGGGACCGGCACGGCGCGGGGCGAGGGACCACGGACCAUGACGACAACGCGGGCGGUGCUGCGCCUGGAGCCGCCGACCGGGUGGACGGGGCCGGUGGUCCGGGGGGCGCUGGACGUCGGGUUCGACCGCGCUGCCGCGGAGGCCACGGUGGUGUUCGUCAACGAGACGGUGCUAUGGCGCGAGCGCGGCCGCGAGGGCCCGACCAUGCUGGAGGGCUGGGCGGGGCGGUGGCUGCACGAGGUGCUGGCGCGGUGGCUGGUGGUGAAGGGCGUGGAGGCGGUGACGGCAAGAGGGGGAACGAGGACGGGGCGCGAGGAGAGCGGGACGAAGGCCAAGAGGGAGUGAGGCGAAGCACGGGAGGGACAGAGGGACUAAGCUUUGGUGAGGCCACGGAUGACGGCGACAUCGGACGUAUGUCUGGCCCUAAGGAGAUAUACUCUGGAGCGUAAGCUGACGGAGGCGUGGCUGAGCUCGUGUGAGGGGCGGGUACACCGAAUCACGUCUUC